CAUAUCCUUUCUCGCUCUUUUUUUUUCUUUCUCCUUCUCCUCGUCAAAAAUUAGGGUUUCUGCUUGUUUUUUUUCUCCAUUUUUCUGUACGAAUCUUAAUGGAAGAAGGUCUUAGAAGAAGUCCGCGUCUAGUGAUGGCUUCGAAUCCAAAAGUUUAUCGAAGAAAUCGAAAGAAGCUUCAAGUUUCGUCUUCUAAUUCUAUGGAUGAAAUUCCAAGUUUUAGUUUGGGUAUAUCACAAAUUUCGGGAGAGAAGAACAAUGAGGAGAAGAACAAUGAGGAGAAGAGCAAUGAGGAAGAAAACAAGAAGCAAAAGAAAGGUAAAAAACGAGUUAAAGAGGUUAAAACAAUGAAGAAAUCAAAAAAAAUAUGUGUUACUUUGGCAUCUACAUCAAAGAAAAUCGUUGACAGUGAUGAUGAUUUUGAGGAUUUACCUCCUCAAUUUCAGUCAAAAAGUUUGAAAAAUAAAGAUGGAUUGGAGAAGAAAAGGCCGGUGAAUGAUGGAAAAACACGAAAUCGUUUACCCAAAAGUGUCAUUCUACCAGAGAGUAGAUAUCCGGUAUGUGCUAGUACUUCUUAGUUAUUUGUUGUUUAGCAAUGGGUUGUAUGUUGAUUGCUGCUUGUUUUUUAGAUGUAGUAUGUGAAAUUAUCUUUAAUUCAAC